AUGCCUGACACUCAUCUUGGUAUCGACGAUGCAGCAGACGUUCCUAAACCUGGAGAAAUCCUUCCAAUGACUUGGCAGGGCAAGAAUCUGUCAAGGAACUGCUUUCGGCUUGGAAUGCCACUGGAACUGGUGCCAGAGCUACUAUCGUACGCCAAUCACAUGGGAAUUACUGGUUUUUAUCGAGAUCUCGUGAUUGACGGCAACCCUCUGGCUGCAGGUGGAGAGCGCGUCAUGGAAUUUGGUGAGGAUUCUCACCAGUGGAUGGUGCAACGUCCCAAGUCCCAUUGGUGCUCGAAUAUGCACUGGGUGUCUCCGGCCAUGGAGUCAGCGCACGACGACUACCUAAGAGUCCUUGGAGCUGGUGGAUUCGACCAAGUUUUGGAAGCUGUCGGAAACUACUUUGAGUUGGAGGCACUCAGCGCCUACCAUUUAUCUUUUAUUGGAGUCUCGCAUUGCGAGAAGGGGUACGUUCACGCAGACGUGAGUGGUUCCGGCAGAAAGGCCUUUAAUAUUAUCAUUCCUCUAAUGCUAGAAAGCGACGCGGACCCAGAACUUGAAAUUUUGGGAGAUGAGGAGGAGGAGGACGCCACUCAACACUUCUAUAAGUAUCGAAUCAACGCUGCUUCCAUGGUAGGCGAUGAUGCCCUUCAUGCGACUGCAGCCUGCGAUUAUCGCCCACAAGGGCAAAUGCGUCUGGCGGCAACAGUGUACGUCGGAGAUAUUACCCCCGAAAACGUCGAUGAGCUCCUCACGUCGCUGACACAGGCGUACCCGCCACCGGGGGAUGCCAGCCAUUUACUGGAACGAGCUGGUCGGCAUUGGAGUAGAUCGGAUUCAUCGAAGCGACUGCCUCUCCCAACGUGA